AUGGAGACGAUAAGUAGGAUAGGUCGUCGGCGCUUGACAGAACUCUACUCAACAUGUUCAACCACAUGUGAUUCAAUGGUUGAACAAGACUCAAAGGACAUUCCCGAGACGUAUGCGCUGCAUCGCAAGUUCCGCAUACAAAAAGACCGUCUCAUGACAUGGGGCGUUGACUGGAGCGACAAGUCCAAGGGCCAACAGGGCGACAUCGACGCCAGCGUAGAACAGGCGGGCUUGACCGAGACCGUCACGAGCGUACUGGGUACCAUCAAGGAAAUUCUGGAUGAAGCAGAGAGCAUGCACCCAGCCGCACCUGCUGCGCCAGCAAAGUCAUUGUCUGGAGAGAAGAGUAGGCCUGACCCACCCGCGUGGGCGGCAGCCGACCGGUCACGCUAUGAAGACCUCAUCAAGGACCUUACCACUUCUAUUGAUAAUCUUUACGACCUAUCGAGAUCAUGGAGAUCACAAAAGGGAAAUGAUUGUGCUGCUAGUCCAUCGAAAGCCGACUCAGAAGCCCCACGACAAGCCACAUCCACAUCUGUCUUCCUGUCGCCGGAAUAUAGUGCAUCAGACCUUACACUCAUCAACCCGACCACCUUUCCACUCAAAUCUCAUGCACUGCGCUCGAAUCUUCCACCGAAACUGAAUCCGUCGGACUUGAUCCUACCUGCGGAAGACCCACCACCGUACGAGAGUGUUGGCACGACUUCUAUCCGGGUUAUCGGUCGACUGCGAUCCCGCCAAAGCUCGACGAACCCCUGGAAAACAGAAGGCAGUCGAAACGUGGAAACCUGUGUACUCGUGGAGUAUGCAACGUAUGAUUCCGCCUACCACAUUACUGAAAUCUCUCCACCAACAGGCCGGCUUGAAGGUCUGCUAUCAAUCUUGACGAAGCUAUCCGCCAAUCGAUCAGUUUGUGGGACAUUAAAGUGCUUGGGAUACUUCGAAGAUCCAAAGCAGCCACGUUUCGGCUUGGUGUUCAAGCUACCAGAAUCCGUCUACUCAGGUCCUAUUGACUCCCAGAAAUCAUUAGAUGAGGUGCGGCCUGUCACUCUUCUGAGUGUUCUCCAAACAGGCUCCACGUCGUUGCACAACGCCAACAGCGCGACACCGCCUCUAGAAGACCGCUUCCGUUUGGCGUACACGCUUGCCGUAACCUUCAGCAAGCUUCAUGGUGAAAAUUUUGUUCACAGAGACGUCAACAGCAGUAAUAUUCUGGUUUUCAGAAAUACCAAACGGCAAUCGGCCAACAGCAGGGCUCUGCAAUAUAACCUUCGUUCCCCCAUCAUAUGUUCCUUUGAUCUCUUCUCCGACUACGAUAUUGAACCAAGCACGAAUACAUCAACGUUCAACAUAUAUCGACAUCCGGACGAUCCCAGGUUGGCAAACGGUCAAAAUCAACCUUACGAUCCACAUUUCGAUAUGUAUAGUCUUGGACUCAUUCUGCUCGAGGUAGGCUUAUGGCAACCACUCGGCGAUUUGUGGAAACCAAAGUAUACACUCCACGACUUCAAGCAACGAAUAGAGGAGGUGUAUAUCCGUCGCUUGGCAUCGAAAUGCGGAACGGCGUACAUGCAAGUCGUGCGUGAUUGCCUCUGGGCUACAAGCGUUCGAGGUAAUGACUGGCAGGAACUUGCACAAGUGUACGGCCGAAUCAUUCUCAGGCUGCAAAGAUGCUGCAUGCUUGAUGAAUUCGAUUUUGGGUUCGACGUGGAUGGUCUACGACCAGAAGUCACUCCAAUACAGCAAGCAUCCUCUCUCAAACGCAAAAGCGCAAGCCAGCCCCAGAUUGCGACUGAAACAUCAGAAAGUCCCUCAUAUCGGAGUGCGAAGCGAUGGGCACUGGAGAAGGGCUCCCAGGCGCUUGAGCGCACCAAGUCAUUGACUAAAAAGUCACCUGACUCGUCCUUGACGCGAAAUCCCUCGAAGAGCUCACAAAACUCUAUUCGGAAAAGCAUAUCAGAGAGUCUUCGUAUGAUGAGCCCAAGACUGGAGUCAUCCGAGGCUAUGCAACAGGAGGAGCAACGCGAUCUCCUUGAAGAGUCGGGAACUUUGAUUGCAACACCGCCUGAUUCGCAAGAUCAGUGCGACACGUCCCCGUUGUAUAAAGAGCGCGUUGUCUCCGCUGCCUCGACGAUACAACGAGCAUGGCGACAGUCUCGAUGUUCAAAAUCACACUUGACACUUCAAGAUUAUAAGAGAAAGAUUACGAUCAUCCAGAAAGCUUGGCGGCAAACAAAGCAGAACCGAACAAAUACCGUUGAGGCUCUAUUCAGAGACGGCAUGCGUCAUUGGCCCCAAGCCGCCUUGGGCUACCCAACACCAGAGCCCGAAGCACGUAGUGUGGAUGACUUCACUCAGAGCUACGUUACGUCUUCAAUACAGAUUGAGACUAACGCGGACCCCGUACCUCGUGCAAGGCUGAGAAUGUUUCCUGUCUUGUUUCCGCCUCCUAUCGUGAAGGAGUGGCACUCGACCAUGCUACCGCGACUUGAGCGUCUCAUUGAACGCGUCUUCAAGGAAUCUGACGAGACGAUAAGUAUCGAUUUGGUUGCCAUUGGAGAUACCCCAGAGAAGUCACGGCCGACUGUAUUUGUGACGUGCAGCAGUGUCGUCAAAAUGAAGGCCCUCCUGAGUCGUCGAUUCCGGUACGAUGAGGCCGUGUAUGAUCUCAAAGUACGCAGAGGCAAGAUUCGUCGGUCCAAGAUGAGUCGCCCUUCGCGUCGCACUCGGCCUCCACAUCGCUCAAUGAUGAAUACGGAGGAUUACAGUGGUGACAUGGCUGUCAUUAAUCCAUACCAUCAGCAAAAACCUCUCUGCGGCGCAUCCAUUGGCGCUUUCAACGGCGAGCACUUACCCCCAGUAUCUUAUGGUGGUGUGAUCCUCGUUGAUGACGAACCUUUAGGUAUGAGUGUGCAUCAUCUACUUGACGCACCUUCAGAUGACGAGAGUGACAGUGGUGAUGAUGGUCAUGGGUAUGACAGCCCUCUACCAAAUAACGUGACGCUGUCCAGUGCUACAAAUAAUAACCCGUGGCUAAUGGGUAUGGGUGCCCAGCCUGGACUACAACUUGACACCAUUGAACCAGCUGGCAUGUGGGACCUCGAAUUAUCCGAUGAUGAGAUUGUACUCAGCGAUGAAGGAAGCGAUUCCUUCGACUUCUCAGGCUCAGAACUUGACGACUCUGACGGAGAAUCUGAUCAAGAGGCCUUGGCUGAUUCAAACCUUUCCCACGUCACAACCGGUGACAUCAAGGGCAUCGGCCCUGGCGAGGGCGAAUACAUCCGCAUCACCCAACCCGCCAUUGAUGAUGUAGACUCCGACUUCUUUCCCAAUGAGGAAGAUCGCGACGAUGACCACCUCUCCUCCCAUGAACUUGGCCAUGUUCACGCCUCCUCCGGCAUACGCCGCUGGCAGCGCGAUGGCAUCUUGCAUGAAAUCGACUGGGCACUCCUCAAAAUCAACGAAGACCGUCUCCAACCUUAUAACAUCUGCCAGGGCGGUCGGAGAUUUUGCAUAGGCCCCCCAAAACCUGACCAGAAAGAGAUUUCAGCACAAAUCCAUCAACCCGUUGCGCGCCGCCACUACACCGCAGACGAAGACGAGUAUCCCAACGGCGUCGCUAGUGCAGACAGCCUCGCGGGACUGAAUGUACACUGCUUUGGCCGCACGACUGGUCUCCAAGGUGGGAUGAUUUCUUCCACCAUGAGCGCUGUGCGCAUCUACCGCCGCAAAACCUUUUCACGUUCCUGGUCCGUGUUUGGCGGCUUCGGCGUCGGCGGCGACAGCGGUGCCUGGAUUGUUCAAAACGGGACCCAUCGUGUUGUCGGGCACGUGCUAGCCUGGUGUCAAAGAAACCACAUAGCCUACCUAUGUCCCAUGCAAGUUCUACUCGAAGACAUCAAACGCACCCUAGGCGCAAAACGCAUAUACCUGCCCGGAUCGACAGAGCAAGCGCUUUCCACCCCGGAGAGAAAUACACAAGCCCUUGAAUCCACGGAGCACAUGGAUGUUGAGAGUCUCGAACGUGGUGUCCAAGGCCUGGGUAUCGUGGACUCGGCGGUCGAUAUGACGUCUUCCUUUUCCAAGUCUGCGGAACCGAGGUCUCCACCAAGUAGCAUGUGGAUUGGGGGCGGGGGUGGCGACGCCGAGUGUGAGAAGGAAAACCUUACGGGUUUGAGAAGUCGGAUUAUGAAUAUUAACAAGGAAAGGAUUGAGGUUGUUGCUGCUGUGCCUUAG